AUGCAAACGCAAAUGCUAACUCCGACGACUGGAGCACCGAAGCUGCGGCCGCGGUCUGGCAGGACGCCGCUUCAGCUCAAGAACUCUCCCGCGGAUCCCAUCCUGUCUUCUGCCAAGCCCAAGCCCAAGCCCGACCGGCCGUGUUUCGAGAUUUCAUUGAUUGACAAAGAGAACAAUCCGAUUGCCACUGUCGCGAUUCCGGAGGCUGCGCCGCCGGAGACGUCGCUGGCGGAGGAGCUCAGUGCAGUCAAGAAGAAGCUGGAGAGGCUAAAAGCGGACAAGGACAGAACAGAAAAAAUGCUAAACGAGAAAUACGCCAUACUGGACGCGAAAAUGAAGGAGAUGGAAGAGCGAGGAGAGAUUCAGAAGAACCUCGAGAUCGAGGUUGACCGGCUGUUCCGGUUGAAGGAACUCAAAAAUCGCUGCAUGAGAGUUUCUCCAAUGCGAACGCUCAGGGAGAAGGAACAAGGAAAGAUCGUGAACGAAGCGCCAUCGACACUGGAGGUGAAGACAGAGGAGAGGGUGGCGUCUGAAUUGGAAUCAGAAUCGGAAUCUGUUGGAGGCGAAUGCCAAGUUCUGCAGAGUCCAGGUUCAGCUUGUUCACAAACUCAUACUACGCACAAAAUCAGAUAA